UACAUUUCUCUUUAAUAAAUAAGUAUUAGUGGCUCGUUGUUAGCCUUUCUAUUGAACAAUUCCUUCACUUAACCCCGGAGCAUUCGACAGUAACCAUGCGGAGUCUGUGGCUAAAUACGCUAACCAAGCAAAGUUUAUAUCGGUUGAGUACCAAAAGGUACUCCACCAAAAUUGAGCCCAAGGAGCCCGUGGUGAAAACUAAAUCAAUACCUGGCCCCAAAUCAAUUGAGCUUAAAAAGCAACUGGAUUCUGUUCAGGCCACCGGAACCAUCCAAUUCUUUGCUGACUACGAAAAGUCCAUCGGAAAUUACAUCUGCGACGUAGAUGGAAACAUUUUGCUAGAUGUCUACACCCAGAUUUCCUCAGUUCCCUUGGGUUACAAUCAUCCGAGACUGUACAAUGUCUUUAACAACGACCAAAACCUGAAAACCUUAAUUAACAGACCUGCACUUGGUGUCUUCCCUGGCAAAGAAUGGCCAGAAAAACUGCAUUCUGUCCUUUUGAAUAUUGCACCGAAAGGACUCAACAAAAUCACAACGAUGAUGUGUGGCUCUUGUUCAAAUGAAAAUGCAUACAAGAGCAUCUUUAUCUGGUACCAAAACAAAGUUCGCGGCGGUAAACCACUUACCGAGCAGGAGAAGAACUCUUGCAUGAUUAACAUUCCCCCAGGAGCUCCGAAACUCAGUAUUCUCUCGUUCAAGGGAGCCUUCCACGGACGCACCUUGGGCGCUCUUUCCACAACACAUUCGAAAUAUAUUCAUAAGCUGGACGUUCCCUCAUUCGAUUGGCCGAUCGCAUCUUUUCCCGAAUACCGAUAUCCCCUAGAUGAAAAUGUGGCGCACAACAAGAAGGAGGACGAGAAGUGCCUUAGUGAGGUGCAGGAUUUGAUUCAGCAGUAUGCCAGCAAGAAUCCUGUGGCCGGAAUUGUGGUGGAGCCCAUCCAAAGUGAGGGAGGCGACAACGAGGCCUCGCCCGAGUUUUUCAGGAGCCUUCAGGCCAUUUGCAAGAAGAACGGUAUCGCCUUGUUGAUCGAUGAAGUGCAAACCGGCGGAGGUAGCACUGGAAAGUUCUGGGCCCACGAGCACUUCGAGCUGGAGAGUCCUCCCGAUGUCGUCACCUUCAGCAAGAAGUUGCAACUGGGCGGCUACUUCCACAACGACGACUUCAUUCCGAACGAGCCGUAUAGAAUCUUUAACACCUGGAUGGGCGAUCCGGGUAAAGUCCUCCUCCUCGAGGAAGUGGUAAAAGUAAUCCAGGAGGAGAAGCUCCUGGCUAAUGUCGCUGUGGCCGGAAAGGUCCUGAAGAAUGGCCUAUUGAGCCUGGAGCAGGAAUUCCCGCAUAUCCUCAACUCUACUCGUGGUCGUGGCACAUUUUUGGCUAUUAAUUGCACCAACACAAAAGUGCGAGAUCAAAUAAUUGGCGCUCUCAAGUUGCACGGCAUUCAAACGGGAGGCUGUGGAGAAAUUUCCAUUAGAUUCCGACCAGCCUUGAUAUUUAAGGAAUAUCACGCUAAUAUCGUCCUAGAUCGCUUCCGCAAAGUGCUUCAAGCUAUUUAAAUAACAAUGAAAUGAGAAAACGAAAAAUGAUUGUGCUCUGAAAAUUGCAAUAUAUAUGUUACCAAAGUGAAUAAUAAAAUGAAUUUAUUUUA